UCUUUCAUUUUGCUUUUCACACCCACAUAACAUACAUUUUCUCUCUCUAUUUUCUUUCGCUCUUUGUAUUCUAUUUUUCCUCGAGAAAAUAAAAAUAAAAAUAAAAAUAAAUUGGAGGGGAAAAAAUAUGGUAGUUGAUGAUAUGGUGGAGAUGAGAACCAUGGUCGGCUCUGGAGGUCACUCUUCCUCUCGAUUCCCCGAUGCUUAUCCUGAAAGGUAUACUCUUUGAAGAUCCCCUUUGUUUGUUGGAAAAAAAAAAAAAGAAAAAAAAGAAUGAAGAAAAUUUGACAAAUUUUUAUUUGGUUUUGAUGGAUUUGAUGGUCUUGAUUCAGUGUCUUCCACCUGGGUUUGGAGGAUUUCAGGAGAUCCUUGGACUAGGGUUAGAUAUAGUCUUCCUUUAGCGUUUGUUGAAUAUCUGUCCCUCUUUUCGUUUGUAGACAGUGAAAAAUAUAUAUUUUUAAAAUUUUUUUAAAUAAGAAUAUGCACUUUCAGUAUUUUACUUUUUGUUCUUAUUGAUCUCCUCUACUCUGUUCUUUUGGGAAAUCUUUUUUUUUUUUUCCCCUUAAAAAAAAAAAAUAUAUAUAUAUAUAUAUAUUUUUUUUGUAUUGAAGGAAUAUUGAAUUUUGUUUGAUUUGGUUGAUUUUUGAUGUGGGUGUGUGAGGAACUUGUUAUCUGAUUGAUAAAUCUAGGGUUUUGAUGGAGGGGAGAUACAGUGGGGAUUGAUAUGCUGUGAAGGUGUUUGAAAAGUUUUGUUUACUUUGAAUUGUGUCUUUGGGAUGGCAAUAUUCAAUCUACCAGCAACAAAACCCGCGGAGGAGUUGAGUUGAAAUGGGAGACUCUCUCCUCACGGCCCUGUCAAUGGAGAAUCAUCACCCAUCCACCCUCUUGUCAAUGGAUUCCAGUGCCUCCUCGCACGAUGAAUUGGAUUUGGAGAUGAAUCGGCAAAUGAUACUUUCUCGUCCUCCUGAUAUCAAUCUACCCCUGUCAGCCGAGCGCAGCCCACCUCCACCGGCAUGGAAUUCUGACGCUUGUGAUAUUCUAGAAGUCGGGCUUGGUCCGCAAAUCUACGAGACUGAGAGUUUACUUACCAUCCCUAAGGUUGGAAGGAAAUGUGCCAAAAGGGUGGACAGUAUAUGGGGUGCUUGGUUUUUUUUCAGUUUUUACUUCAAGCCUGCAUUGAAUGAGAAGUCUAAAGCCAAAAUUAUCAGGGACAGCAAUGAGAUUAGUGGGUUUGAUAAAUCUGAUCUGAAGCUUGAUGUUUUCAUGGUUCAGCAUGACAUGGAGAACAUGUAUAUGUGGGUCUUUAAGGAGAGGCCUGAGAAUGCAUUGGGCAAGAUGCAGCUUAGGAGUUACAUGAACGGGCAUUCUCGCCAAGGGGAGCGACCUUUUCCUUUUAGUGUCGACAAGGGCUUUGUCCGAUCUCACAGGAUGCAGAGGAAACACUAUAGAGGUCUAUCGAAUCCCCAAUGUGUGCAUGGGAUCGAAGUUGUUCCCUCGCCCAAUCUUAUGGGUCUUGAUGAGGAAGAGCGAAAGAGGUGGAUAGAACUCACUGGAAGGGAGUUGAACUUCACAAUCCCUCCUGAAGCAAGUGAUUUCAGUUCGUGGAGAAACCUUCCGAACACAGACUUUGAGCUUGAUAGGCCACCUCCUUCAUUAAAGAAUGCACCACCAAAUUCCCAUUCAAAGAAGCUGCUUAAUGGGUCUGGGCUGAAUUUGUCUACACAGCCGUCCAACCAUAGUAAUUCUGAUGGGAUGGACCUGUCACCAGUGAGCAGUAAAAGAAGGAAGGAAUUUUUCCCACAUGGGAAUGAUGAUGAUUGCUACUUGGCUGUUAAUGCUCCAUCAGAGAGAAUUCCAGAUACAGAACUUCACCCAAAUGAACCGCACUGGUUGAAUGAAUUUAGUGGGGUAAUGAAGAAUGUUUAUGGACCUGUUACAGCUGCAAAAACUAUCUAUGAGGAUCAAGAAGGUUAUUUAAUCAUUAUUAGCUUGCCCUUCGUGGAUCUUCAGAGGGUGAAGGUUUCUUGGAGGAAUACCAUCACUCGUGGUAUCAUUAAGGUAUCUUGUGUGAGCACAUCCCGUGUGCCAUUCAUCAAGAGACAUGAUAGGACUUUCAGGCUUACAGACCCAUCGUCGGAGCACUGCCCUCCGGGGGAGUUUGUUAGAGAAAUCCCCCUUUCAACACGAAUUCCUGAAGAUGCUAACAUAGAAGCUUACUAUGAUGGGCCAGGAUCCAUGCUAGAGAUUAUGGUGCCGAAACUCCGUGUAGGGCCAGAAGAGCAUGAGGUUCGUGUUUGCCUUCGCCCUCACUUAGGAGGCAAUGAUCUUAUGUUGACUUGAGAUGGGCAUAUCUAUAGAGAUUUGUAAGGGCUGUUGCCAUAGUUGGUGCUUCAUUGUUUUACUAACUCUGUACCAUACAAUGUACUCUCUAUGAAACAAAAUGUGCAUCUCACAUUUGUAGUCUACAGUUUUUGCUCACUAAUUUAUGCAUCAUGUUAGCUUUAACUGUAACUUUUUCCUGUUCUGGAACUUACAAUUGAUUCUAGUCAUUUAUAUGAAGCCACUAUUAUCUUUAUUUAA